AUGAAUAGAUUCCCUAAAGAGGUUACAUCCAUUCCGUCACCUCUGGUGAUAGUCCAGGGUCUUGGAAAGGAUGGAAUACCAGAGGGAUCACCUAAGUCAGAACCCGAACACAACACUCCACGCGAUGCCUCUAUAUCGAUACCAACAAUUCACAGUAUAGAAAAUCCUCUUCAUGGCGCCUAUUGCGAGAAUAAUGAGGCUAUCACGCGAAGUUUCCCUAAUAUUUCAGCGGCAUCUGGACUUGAGUUGGUAGCUCUCUUCAAAAGGCACGAUGUCAGCGAUCGUUUCUGGGACUCUUCUCUGGCAUCCACUUCAACAAGCAAUUCCAAGUUCAGACUGAAAUUUGUGAACGAGUAUAGUCUUCCGGCGUUGAAACAGCAAAAAAGGCCCCAUUCCGAUGCCACAGUAACGGGUUCCAGUUCGGCCUCCUCUGAUACCUCUUCGACGACUGACCGUACCAGUUCAUCACCUCUGUCUCCCUUCAAUGCUGAAUCUGAGUUAUCGUCUGAUAGUAUUCUGUCGCUCCAUUGGUUGCAGAAAUAUGGACAAUUGCAUCCGUCAGUUUUCAUCAGUGUUCACGAGCUGGAGACUGAUAUCACUGACCCGGCUCAGAUCAAAGAGGCAGAUGCAUUGAUAGUGAAGGAAUUGCUUGUUCAAAAGGAGCAGUUCUUCAAGAGGAAAAUAAGGUUUUUGUCGAUCGUGUUAAGCUCAGAAUCUGGUGAAAAUGACCCUGGUUUAACUGGUCGUAUCGAGUCGAUAAGGAAACUGACUGGACUGCCGUCUAGAACAGGACUGCUUUUUCUUCCAGCCGGAACACAGAGGGAAAUGGACGGUUUUAUGGGUGGAUUACUGCAGCUGCUUCACUCAUGGACCAAUGACUUUUACGCUUUGAUGGAGAGACGAAUCAGGAAAACUUUGGCCAAACCAGCUCCAUCUUCGUAUGGAUCGACUUCCUACGAUGCCAGGUAUUCGUUGAAACUAGGAUUGAUAGCGCAGGCUAGACGAAAUUUCGAUACGGCAGUCAAGUCUAUGGAGCACUCUUAUGAGAAGCUCAUAGAAGUUUUGAGAACAAAGAGCCAGUAUGAUCGUGUUUGGACUGAACUACGUCUUUUAGUGGAUAUGACUGCAAUGCACAUCACCAGACUGUAUUUGGCCUUGGGAAACUCAAAUGUCGCGUACAGAAAGUUUGAGAUUCACAUUCAGAUUGUGAGCGGAUUGCUAUCGGAUAAGUCCAUUGCUCUUGACUCUUAUACUACUUUGAGUUGGUUGUCACUACAGUACGCUUGGCUGGCGGAGCUGGUGGAAUGUGUUCCUUCGACAAUUGUUCCUACCGAUAGGUCGUUCCAACCUUCAUAUGAUGUCAAAGGAAAGGCUGUUCUUGGUGAGAGUGUUGAUUCAAUGCCACAAGGAGGCUUUUUGUUCCUUCGCUCGGUGACAUUCCUGAGGCAGAGGAAAAGUAUGGCGACCAAGACCUCUCCAAACUCAAAAUCUACUGACCCAUACAUGUCUCUACCGCUUUCUGAUGAACUGCAGUUUGAUUAUGGCGAGCAGAUAAUACACUAUCUUGAACGAGCUAUUGAGUCUUUCGAGAGAGGGAAAAAGUCCAAGUUCAGCAGGUCCGAGUCGUUCAUCUACUUCCAGCUGGGCGAGGAGCAUUUUCUUAGACACAAUUAUGGCAUGUCUGCAAAUAACUACAUUGUUGCUCUGUCUAUAGUAAGAAAUGAACAUUGGAGUUUCAUUCUUUCCGUGGCAUUGUUCCGGUUGUACAGAUGCUCUCUAGAGUUUAAGAACUACGAGGAUGCAAUCUCGCACCUGCUGGAAAUUUGCACCAUCAAGGAGGAAUUAUUGGAUCCUAGAAUCAAGAAGCUCCCAAAUAUCUCCGAUGAAAUUCCCCAGAAAAUUGAGAAUGUCAGCUUCAAAUCCGACACCAAUAGAGGUCUCUUCACGGGCUCAGUGUUGUUCAAGGCUCCUUCCAAUGAGUUGUCGGAGCAUUCAGAAUUUCAGCUGGCUCUGCAAUCAUCAAUGAAUAGCCUCAUACCUGAGAUAACUGUCAAGUCCAUUAGCAUUGAGUUUACAGGAUCAAUACCAACUUACAUCAUCCAGCAUGACCCUGCAGCCUCUGAGAAACCAUCAACCAAAAUCACGAACUUUCUGCGAGAUGAUUCCGGUAAUCUCUGUGGAUUUGCCAAUCUGAGCUUCAAGUCCAGGGAAUUCAAGGUUUUCCAGUUUGACAUUCUGCCUACUUCAAUUGGGUCAUUUCGCUGUGCUGGAGUGUAUGUGACUGCCGAGACUGAAAAACUGUCUUUUAACUGCAACUUGCCUCUUGCACAUACCUCGUUCAAGGAAAGGCAUUUUUGGUAUCCAAACUCUGACUCCUUGUUGGUGAAGGAAGUUGUGAGAUCAGAUGAUCCUGCCGGUGUUAAUGUUAUUCCGAGACACCCUAAGGUUAAAGUGGACCUCGACUUCAAGCCCAACAGUUUUGCAGGUGAUCCGUUUGUGGUCCAUGUAAGUCUUGAGAAUAAUGACUUUGAAGGAGUUGGAGUGGAUCUAAGCGCAACUGCUAGUCACAAUUCUCAAGAUCUCAAGGGUUACUGGCUUGGAAACUCCGCUGCUGAUGAGUCCAACACGAUUUCCGAGUCAAUAGACGUCUCCACAUCCAAGACAUUUGGUCUGGUAGUGAACAUCCCAGCAGAUGCUUCUGUUGGCAAAGGAAGGACUCCGCUUGCAAUUGGGCUACAUUUGACAUACUAUGUGGGAAAUGAUAGAAGCAUUCCUGUGACCUCGAAAAGAACAAUUACCAUACCGGUAUUGAGUGCUUUUGACUCAUUGCUGGUUGUCAAUCCCAGAACAUGGAAAACAGGUAUUCCAUCACCAUUCGUGGUGGACACCAGCAAGCCAAUCAGUGCUAUUCCCCUUCAUCGUCGCUUAUGGUGCGCCAUGAUUGACGUCAAGUCGAACCAUCAGAAGCCCAUCGAGGUGAUCUCUGCUGAAUUGCAAACACGUUCCACCACAGAAGGAAUUUCGUGCAUUAUCGUGAAAUCUGACAAGCAUAUAGAUCCCAGAAAGCUGCAGAAUGGUGAGACAAAGUUCCAGUUCCAUUUUGUCUCAGAAGUACUUGAUGGCCAACCCAAGAGGAACGUACAACUGGAAGCAACCCUGCUCUUUAAGUACCGUGUUCUUGAUCCCACCAAGUCCGAGGAAGAGCAAGCCCUUGUGAGCAAGUUCCGCACAGUACCCUGGAAAAUAGCUUUGCCUCAAACAGAUCCUCGUGUUGUUCUGGAUGUGACUCCUCUGGAAAGCUCUGCUGAAGCGCAUCCUUAUGAACUGAACUACGUGAUUGAGAACCCUACUCCUAGAAUUUUCCAAUUCUCCACAUCUCUCGCAGAUAACUCAAAUUUUACGGUUUCAGGUCUUCGAAACCAGACUUUCUCUGUGCUUCCCUUCAUGAAACAGGAACUGAAGUACCGAGCUAUACCCAUCGGUGAAGGCUGGUUGAAGCUUCCAGAGUUCAAGGUGUAUGACCUCAACUACAAGGUUAAUCUCCCAACCUUGGUGGCUACUCCCGAGGCAAAGGCAUCUGACAAUGGAGAUAUCUACUUGUUAGCAUAA